AUGUUUGCCGUCAUGACGCCGCCCGCGUUCGGCGUCGGCGGCGCGUCGCCUGAGCACCUGCCGAUGAUACCCGCCUUUGCGUCAUCGCCCUUCCGGCCAUCGCGGCCGUCGCCAUUGUCGUCCUCGCCGAUCCGCGCUUCGUCUCCUCCCAUGCUAUCAUCACAGCUCGACACCCAAUCCUCGCCCAUUCAGCCGUCUUCCUCGUCGUCGUCUCAAGCAACGGCUCAACCCUCCAUAUUCAACUUUGGCGGAGACACUUCGAGUACAAGUACAAGUACAAGCACAAGCACAAGCACCACAGACAAAGCCCCAUUGUUCCGCUUCGCCUCGCGGCCAACCAAGCCCGUGCCGCGUGGACAGCAGAGCCGCGACGCCGCCCAGCAGACCCGCCGCAGCCUCUUUCUCAAGAAUGUCCGCCAGCGCGCCGACGACCGCAACUGGGACCGCCGCAACUUUGAGCAGGAGCUGCAGAAGCUCGAGUGGUGGUCGCUGGAGCGCGACCUCCGGCAGGCGCGCGAGACGGACGUCAUGAGCAUGCUGACGGAGCAAGACAUUGAAGACGCGGCCAACUGGAUGGCCGAGCCGUCGCCGUCGUCGGCAUCGUCGUCGAUGCCGUCUUCGUCAUUCUUUGAUCAUGGCGAUGGUGACGAUGGCGACAGCUUUACCACGGUGGCCUCGAACCAUGCGCGGCGGCACGACAGCGGCGGCAUGUACUACGACCGCGCUGCCGAGGACGAGGAGCACGACGACGACACGGAUGCCAUGGACGCGCACAUGGCGGACCGGCUCGCAAUGGAGGAAGAGGCCGAAAUGGAGGCGCUGAUUGCGUCGAUGGAGGCCGAUCCCCGCCAGCGCCAAAUGACACCGCCAGAACGGCCGGCGUCGAUUGCCUACUCGGACGACGAGGACUAUGACGCCAUAUUUAACGAGCUGCUGUCAGGAGGGGCUGAAGACGGCAUGGACAUGGCAUUAUAG